ACAUGUGUUUUGUAGAGUGUAGUUUUCAGAACAGCCAUUAAUUUACUAGAGAAGUCCCUUUUUUUGACAGAUGGGUAUUGCACUUCACUUUGUGUUUCCAAACCACUAUAAUACAAGGGAUUGGAAAUCAACACAGUGAUUUUUUUAAGGCAAUUUUGAAACUGUUUUUGUCCAUAGACACCCAUUUGAAACUGGUUUGGGUAUGAGAGAGUUCAGAGAUUUUGGUCAGUUUUGAGGCAUAUAGGGUUGGAUUUUGGAAUCUUCUAGUGGGUUGAGUGAGCAGAAGGUGGGGCAGAAGCUUGGAGGGGUUGACCUAAAACCUGUCUGAUUAGGGAAUCUUUUUGGGUGGUUUUGGACUGAGAUUUGAGUCUUGUGUGGAAGUGGGUUUUUUUUCUUGGUGUUGUUCUAGGGACAAUUACUGGAAGCAAAGAUUGUUUCUAGGGUUUUGGUGAGUGUUUCCGUCUAUUAGGGGAAGUUUUGCUAUAGUUGGGAGGUUUUGGGAGGUGGGUUCGAUCAAUCUUUGGUGGGUUCAAGAGUGGAGGCUGCAUUUUCAUGGUGUUCCAAGGAUCUGAGGGUUUCUGGGUGAGAUUUGAUUUGGAGUUGUAGUUUUUGAGUGCACAAAAUUGGUGGGUUUGUGUCUGUAAUCAUGAAAGUGCCUUUGGUUUGGGGCAGUUACAAGUGCAUUGCCCUAAACUGAAGGGUUUAUUUUGGUUGAAUUGAAGGGUUUUGGAGUUGGAAAAAAGGGGUUUUGUAAAAGGUCUGUUUGGCUUGUGAAUUAGCUUUUGUUUCUCACUGACGCUGUGCUCUGAAGUUUCAGUUGGCUUGAAGUUGCAAAAAUGGCUUGUAUGAAGUUGGGUUCCAAAACUGAUGCAUUCCAGAGGAAAGGACAGGCCUGGUUCUGCACCACUGGCUUGCCAAGUGAUAUUGUUGUUGAAGUAGAGGAGAUGUCCUUCCAUCUGCACAAGUUUCCUUUGCUUUCUAGAAGUGGGGUUAUGGAAAGAUCGAUCGCGGAAUCAUCCGAGGACAGUGAAGAGGGCUGCGUCAUCAAGCUCCCCGACAUCCCUGGUGGAGCUAAAACAUUUGAACUCGUAGCCAAAUUCUGCUAUGGUGUGAAACUUGAACUCACUGCCUCAAAUGUCGUGUUCCUACGCUGUGCCGCCGAACAUCUUGAAAUGACAGAAGACUACGGAGAAGGCAAUCUGAUUUCACAAACCGAAAUAUUUCUCAAUCAAGUUGUCCUCCGUAGUUGGAAAGACUCUCUGAGAGCACUACAGACCUGUGACGAUAUUCUCCCUCAUGCCGAAGAACACCAUAUUACAAAGCGAUGCAUUGAGUCUUUAGCCUCAAAGGCAAAUACAGACCCAAAUCUAUUCGGGUGGCCUGUUAUGGAGCACGGUGGGCCCAUGCAGAGUCCUGGCGGGAGUGUAUUGUGGAAUGGCAUAAGCACAGGAGCGAGACUAAAAAAUUCUAGUUCAGAUUGGUGGUAUGAAGAUGUGUCGAAUCUGAGUUUGCCUCUUUACAAGAGAUUGAUUUCGGCCAUGGAAUCUCGUGGAAUUAAACAAGAGAUUGUUGCAGGGUCUCUCACUUUCUAUGCGAAAAAGUACCUUCCAGGUCUGAAUCGGCGUCAGGGGUCUGGUGAGUCGAGCAGUCGUUUGGCACCGGCCCCGCCAUCUGAAGACGAUCAGAAACUUUUACUCGAAGAAAUCGAUCGGUUACUUCCGAUGCAAAAGGGCUUAGUCUCAACUAAAUUUCUCUUUGGUUUACUUCGCACAGCCAUGAUUCUUCGAGCGAACCCAUCUUUUGUAUCGAACUUGGAAAGAAGGAUAGGGAUGCAACUUGAUCAGGCGACUCUGGAAGAUCUCUUGAUACCCAACUUCUCAUAUUCCACGGAGACUCUUUACAAUGUCGAUUGUGUGCAGCGGAUUCUUGAGCACUUUCUGGCCGUUGAUCAGGUGACGGGUGGGGCCUCCCCUUGUUCAGUUGAUGAUGGACGGUUGAUGGGGUCACCAUCUUUGACACCAAUCACGAUGGUAGCCAAGCUGAUCGAUGGAUACCUUGCCGAGGUUGCCCCCGAUGUUAAUCUGAAGCUCCCCAAGUUUCACUCUCUUGCCGCUGCUGUUCCUGACUAUGCUAGGCCCUUGGAUGAUGGUCUUUAUCGUGCAAUCGACAUUUAUCUGAAGUCACACCCAUGGUUGGCAGAGCCGGACAGAGAACAACUCUGCAGGUUGAUAGACUGUCAGAAGCUCUCCUUGGAAGCGUGCACCCAUGCUGCGCAAAAUGAGAGGCUCCCUCUUAGAAUAAUAGUCCAAGUCCUCUUCUUCGAGCAACUCCAACUUAGGACUUCCAUAGCGGGCUGUUUCUUGGUCUCUGACAACCUCGACGGUUCAAGACAAUUACGAAGCGGUUUGGCUGGAUCCACCGAAGGAGGUUGGGCUACGGCUGUGAGAGAGAAUCAGGUGUUGAAGGUGGGUAUGGAUAGCAUGAGGAUGCGGGUUUCCGAGCUUGAAAAAGAGUGUUCGAACAUGAGGCAAGAGAUCGAGAAGUUGGGCCGAGUAAAGGGCAGCUCGAGCCCAUGGGGAAGCGUGUCGAAGAAGUUUGGGUUCAAGAUGAGGUCACAAAUGUGCAGUGCUCAAGAGGGGUCGGUUAGCAACCAGAAUAAUAACGGGGUUGGAAAGAUUGAGAAGACGAAAGACAAGAAUGGAAAGCCCAAGAAAAACUUGUCAUCAGACGGGUAAGAACUAAGAACUUUUCUUUUAUUUUUUUUACUUUAUUUUUAUUUUUAUUUUCUUGUUAAUGGUUUUCAAGUUUUUAUCGUUUGUAUUUCUACUUUUCUUUUUUUUGAGUUUAGAAAACUAAAAUCAAUCGAUAUUUCUGUGUCAUAUUUGUUCAAUGAUGUUUUUUCAUGAUUUAAACCCUGUAAUGGAGAUGGAGUAUGUAGCAAGUGUAUUUUAUGUUUGUUGACAGUACUUUGCAUGUGAAACUGUACAAGUUGGUUCCUUAAUAAUUGUACACCCUACAAUGAUGAAAUUCUUGUUGAGGC